AUGGUUCGCUUUGCUCUCCUCUCUGCAGCACUUGUUGCCAUCCUCCCCGUGGCAUUCGCCUCACCCGUGGCGGAUGAAGCCACACUCGACAAGCGUGUUACUCAUGAAGGUUGGUGGAUGGAGAUCACGUACAAUGGGAUCACGCAGUACGGGAAGACUCGUGACGAAUGCGAGGCUUGUGGCGAGUACGAUAUCGACCUCAGCCCGUCUCUGUUCGAAGGCUUCGCCGACCUGAGUGUAGGGAAGUUGGAGGGUGUCGAAUGGCACUUCAUGAACAAGGACUGGUCUCCGUGA